CACUCAUCAGCCGCAAAAGCAGCGUUGGUCCGUUGCGCUGAUCUCCUGUGCCCACGUCGAAUAGCUUGAUUGUAGACGCUCUCUACUUCUUAGAGAGGAACCAUUGGCUGAUUGCCACCCUUGCAAUGAGCAGACGAUGGUCUGUGUUUGCUGGGGCUUCUUCUUCACCUCUGUUAUCUUUGUAGGUCUUGACUAUGCUGCGUUGUCUUACUAAGACGUGGCCGAGUUCUUUUUGUGUGCGACCGUCCUUGGAAAUCCAGUCAGACGCUUCUUCACUCGUCAACAACAAGCUGCACGUACUGAACCGAACCAUGAACCGACUGUUUCAAGCCUGCCUGUUUGUGACGGCUGCCAUCGCCGCAGUCAGCGCCGACUGUUCUCCAGGCUACAUUCAGCGCGAGGGCGGCAAUUGCUACAAGUUGUGGUACCUGCAUGGCGAAUGGUGGAUCUACGCCGACAAAGUCUGCACAUCCGAGGGAGCCUGGCUGGUGACCAUCCGAAACGAGCAGGACAGUGUGUGGGUCAACAACUUUUUCUUAGACAACAGGCGCCACCACUGUGGCGAUCUGUACUGGAUUGGAGGCAACGAUAUGACACAGGAGGGAGUCUGGCGAUGGGUGCAGGACGGCAGCUUAGUUGGGUAUACCAACUGGCAGCCUCAUCAGCCCGACAACGGCCAAUGGGGUGGCGAGCACGCGCUGGAGGUAAACGGCAGCAAUCGCAAGUGGAACGACAACAGAAUAUCCGAUACUUACCAACAGUGCUUCAUCUGCGAGAAGAAACCAAUCGGGAGCGCUUGCUAAAAGCUGAAGUCUCUUGCUUCACCUGUAGGCCUACACAUGUAAUGAAAAAAAGUAGAUUUUUGGGUCGGUAGAUUCCACUGUUAUUUUACCGAGAUAACCUGUCCAAUUUUCAAAUAUCUCAUUUAGAAGGUGUUUCUAUGAUGAGUAACAAAAUCGCCUUGGCGUGGUGAUGGCGUGCUUACGACUUCAGUUUAAAAACGCGUAAAUGAACAAAAACGAUGUCUUCAUUACAAAGCUCUUUAUUUAAAGGUACACGGAGGCAUCUCUUGAAUAUCGAACUCAAUUUUCGUUUUUCUAAAUUAUCACCAAUUAAAGCUAAACGUGGAUGUCAGUGCCAGUACAGAAACACACUUGUGGGGUCAAAUUUAGAUAUUCCAAUGGAAAUUUUCAAACGACAUCUGUCCUGCCAGUGUUCAGUGUUCAGUCAAAAUAUUGUUAGUGUAAAGAAAGCCGACAGUGCAUUUGAACGUUAACAAUCGUUUUGCUGGUAUUCUCUGUUCAAGCAGUGUCCUGCUAUGACACCUAUAUGUACUAUUAAUUUUGUAAUUUCAGCAUCUAAAACUAAUUUGGCAAAAACAUUGUGUUUUCGGGCGGGGGAACUGCUCGUUUAAUUGGCAUUCAAUUACCCAAAU